UAUUUACUCAUGCGGUGAACUCUGACGGCAGAGAGGGUGCUGUUGCCCUUCCCUAGCACUGUGCCUGGCCGGAGGAGGGGCUUCUAAAUAACUGUGCACUGAAUGAAAGACUUGAGUAGAUACAGGAAUGGAGACAGGGCUUGAAGGCCCAGCAGAGAUCCUCUUAAUGUUUGAAGGGUUGAGCGGGAGGCCUGACCCAGAAGUCUAACCUACGUUUCUAGGGCAUGACUAGCUCCAGUUUCCAGUACAAGUUCAGAGAUCUAACUGUGGAAGAACUAAAGAAUGUAAAUAGGUUUUUCCCACAUUUCAGAUAUUCCAUGGACACCUAUGUGUUCAAAGAUAGUUCCCAGAAAGACCUGCUGAAUUUCACUGGCACUAUUCCUGUGAUGUACCAUGGUAAUACAUACAACAUACCAAUUCGUUUGUGGAUCUUGGAUUCCCACCCUUUUGCUCCCCCCAUUUGCUUCUUAAAGCCAACUGCAAAUAUGGGUGUCUCAGUUGGAAAACAUGUGGAUGCUCAAGGCAGAAUAUACUUGCCCUAUCUUCAAAACUGGAGCCAUCCUAAGUCUGUCAUUGUUGGACUAAUUAAAGAAAUGAUUGCCAAGUUUCAAGAGGAACUUCCCCUGUAUUCUCUACCAUCGUCUGAUGAGGCACGGCAGGUAGACUUGCUAGCCUAUAUUGCAAAAAUCACUGAAGGUGUCUCAGACAUAAAUUCAAAGAACUGGGCAAAUCAUGAGCAUAAAACAGUCAAUAAAAUUACUGUGGUUGGAGGUGGAGAACUGGGAAUUGCUUGCACAUUAGCAAUCUCAGCAAAGGGCAUUGCAGACAGACUGGUCCUCUUGGACCUCUCAGAAGAGACGAAAGGAGGAGUGAUGGACCUUGACAUCUUUAACCUGCCUAAUGUGGAGAUCAGCAAAGAUUUGUCUGCCUCUGCUCAUUCCAAGGUGGUGAUCUUCACAGUCAACUCUUUGGGUAGUUCUCAGUCCUACCUUGAUGUGGUACAAAGCAAUGUGGAUAUGUUCAGAGCCCUUGUCCCAGCUCUGGGACACUAUAGUCAACAUGGUAUCCUGCUUGUUGCAUCUCAACCAGUGGAAAUCAUGACUUACGUGACAUGGAAACUGAGUGCAUUUCCUACAAAUCGAGUGAUUGGAAUUGGAUGUAAUCUGGAUUCACAGAGAUUACAGUACAUUAUUACAAAUGUUUUGAAGGCACAAAUGUCAGGAAAACAAGUAUGGGUUAUUGGUGAGCAGGGAGAAGACAAAGUGCCCACAUGGGGUGGCCAAGAAGAAGUGAUGAGUCAUAACUCUCAAGUGCAGUUGUCCAACAGAGCCAUGGAGGUGUUACGGGUAAAAGGUCAAAGAUCCUGGUCUGUUGGACUAUCAGUGGCUGACCUGGUUGACAGUAUUGUAAAUGAUAAAAAGAAAGUACAUUCUGUAUCAAUUUUAGCAAAGGGAUAUUAUGAUAUAAACAAUGAAGUGUUUUUAAGUUUACCUUGCAUCCUUGGAUCCAGUGGAGUAUCUGAAGUCAUCCAAAGCACAGUGAAGGAAGAUACAGCAACUGAGAAACUCCAAAGCAGUGCAUCAUCCAUCCAUGGUCUCCAACAACAGUUAAAACUUUGAUCCUAAAGUA